GUUUGAUUUUAAUUUUAAAUCAUCGUUUCCUCCACGAUUAAUUUAAAAUAAUUGUAAUUAAAUCGUACCUCAUUUAUUGUGAAUAGAGUGGAUACGCGAAGCAAGCGUAACCAAAAUAAAAAUGAAAAAUAUAUAGUAAUACCUAGUUAUAGUUAAAUAAUCCUAAAUUAGUGUGAUGCAGGCUUUGCUUCAAUAGACGUGCAUCUAAAUUAGCAACAUGUUUGUGCUAGCCGAACUGAAGGAUAACGUGCGGAUUGCUCCUGAGCUAUUCAACCUAAAGUUACCCGAAGCUAUUAAGGAUGAGGUUAAUAGGAAGCUAGCCAAUAAAGUACUUUUGAACGUUGGGCUUUGCAUUGCUCUGAAGGACAUAAUAAAACUGGGUGAUUCUAUUAUUCUUCCGGGUGAUGGUGCUUCUCAUACGGAAGUUCACUUCCGCUACAUAGUGUUUCGACCGAUGAUUGGGGAUGUUAUAACGGGAAAAAUCCGUAGUUGCAGCCGGGAGGGCGUGCACGUUACAUUAGGAUUUUUUGAUGAUAUUCUAAUACCACCGUCAGCGUUGCAGCAUCCUUCGCGCUUUGAAGAAGCUGAACAGGCAUGGGUCUGGGAGUAUCCUCUAGAAGAUGGCAAAAAACAUGAUCUCUACAUGGACAUUGGUGAAAACAUAAAAUUUCGUGUUUCCGGAGAGGUAUUUGAGGAAAGUUCUCCUAUCGGACCACCUGAUCAGGAGGCCUCUAGCACCAGCACAACAACGACGGAUGUGAAUAAAACUCCAUACCGAAUCAUUGCUGCUAUUAAUGAGUCCGGGUUGGGACUAUUGUCUUGGUGGGUAACGCAAAACCAAGAAGAAGGCGACGAGGAGCAGGAAGCAGAGGAAGAAGAGGAGAUGGAUGAAGACGAAUAAAACGACUUGAAUAUUUUUUGUUCAAUGUCUGCAUUCUGAGUUCAUAGUUUUGAUUUUUUAUUAUGUAAUAGUUAUUAUAAUAUAGCGCUAUUUGUUACAUUUCUUGGAAAUUUUUAUCUCUCAGUUUCACUCUAACGUUUUUAAUGACAAAAAGACGCAUAUGAGAACAAUCAUCCUGAUUCUUUACUUUUCAUGUUACUUGUCUAUAGAGGCAGGGUAAAGCUCUUAACGGCAUUUGAUCGGAUACGAAAGGAGACAAGCAUUGACAAUGUGAUGAAGGAUACAGCAUGGAUCUAUGUGAAUAUGUUGUGUCGUAAGACCUACGAUAAGUG